AUGUGGGCGUCGGAGAUGGCGAAGAGCAUGAUCAAGAUGCAGAAGUACAAGCAGCUCAUGUCCUGGCUGACGCUGCUGCCCGUCAUGGUCAUGCUGCCCAUCUUCCUCCUCGUCCAGGGGCUCAUGAUCUUCUGCAUCGCGCGCAUCCGGCGCCUCGUCCCGCUCUGCGGCCCCCAGGACCGGGAGGUGCCCGCCAAGGCCGAGAUCGAGCUCUACUACUUCCACGACAGCCCCUGCUGCGCGAAGGUGCGGCUCGCGCUCGAGGAGGUGGGCCUCGGCGGGAAGGUGCGCCUCGUCCACGUCGACAUCGGGCGCUACGGCAAGUACGACCACCUCAAGGACGCCCACCUCGCGCGGAACCCGACGGGCACCGUGCCCGUGCUCGUGCACCGGGGCACGCCGGUGCUCGACGCGUCGACGAUCGUCCGCUACGUCGAGGAGUGCCUCGACGGCGACGCGAGCCUCGUGCCCUGCGGCGCCGAGGAGAAGCGGCGCAUGGAGGCGAUCGUCGACGAGUGCGAUAUCGAUCUAAGGCCCAAGUCGCUGUCGAAGUUCGAGCACUGCUGGGGCAACGCGAUCGGCCUCUUCGGGCUCCAGUCCGUGUCCUACAGCCACAAGCACUACGGCUUCUCCAAGAACUUCUACGCGCUCAUGAAGCACCCGAACCCCAUGAUCCCCCUGAACCGCAUCCUCUUCAACCUCUUCUACCUGCGCAUCGAGCAGGGCAGCAAAAGAGAGCGAAAUUCCCAACUUCAAAGGCUCCGAUCUCGGCCGUUUUCCACUCGUUUUGGCUGA